CACCAACAUGGCUGCUGGGUGAGAUUCUGCCCCCAUCUGGACCUGCCAGGCACGUUGCGGCGAGCCUGGGAGAGACGAAGGAUCGCCCCCCCCCCCGCUGCAGUGUCAGUUUUCUCUGAACAACUUGCCAAGGCUGCCUUCCCUUUCAUGCUAUUAUGGCCAAUGAAGAAGAUGACCCAAUUAUACAGGAGAUUGACGUGCACCUGGCCAAGAGUUUGUCAGAGAAGCUCUAUCUCUUCCAGUACCCCAUUCGUCCUGCUUCGAUGACGUACGAUGAUGUGACUCAUCUGUCAGCGAAGAUCAAACCCAAACAGCAAAAGGUGGAACUUGAACUGGCCAUUGAUACCUUGAAUCCCAAUUACUGUCGGAGCAAAGGGGAGCAGAUUGCACUCAAUGUUGAUGGGACCUGUGCGGACGAAACAAGCACGUAUUCCUCGAAGCUGAUGGAUAAACAGACGUUUUGCUCCUCACAAACCACAAGUAACGUUUCGCGGUAUGCUGCUGCUAUCUUCCGAAAAGGUGAGAUCCACCUUACCCCACUACAUGGAAUCUUGCAGUUGAGGCCAAGUUUUUCCUAUUUAGACAAAGCCGACGCCAAACAUAGGGAACGUGAAGCUGCUAAUGAGGCUGGUGAUUCUUCCCAAGAUGAAACGGAAGAAGAUGUCAAGCAAAUCACUGUGAGGUUUUCCCGCCCCGAAUCGGAGCAAGCCCGGCAGCGUCGGGUUCAGUCUUAUGAGUUCUUGCAGAAGCGGCAGGCGGAAGAACACUGGGUUCACCUGCAUUACUACGGUUUACGGGACAGCCGUUCCGAACAUGAGCGCCAGUAUUUAUUCAGCCAGGGUCAUGGCAUGGCUGGGAAUACCGAAUUAAUUAAAUCUCCAAGUGAAUAUUUGAUGAUGCUGGUGCCUCCGAGUGUCGAAGAAGAGAAAGAGAGACCAGUGGCUCCAAGCAAUGUACUUUCCAUGGCUCAGCUGCGAACCCUGGCCCUCGCUGACCAAAUUAAGAUCUUGAUGAAGAACGUGAAGGUCAUACCAUUUGCAAACCUCAUGAGCUUGUUGACUUCCGGGACGGAUCCAACUGCAGUCUUACGCUGUAUACAGCAGGUGGCAAUGUUGGUACAGGGAAACUGGGUUGUGAAGAGCGAUGUCGUCUACCCAAAAGAUACCUCCAGCCCGCACAGUGGUGUUCCAGCAGAAGUUCUCUGCAGAGGAAGGGAUUUUGUCAUGUGGAAGUAUACUCAGGAUCGUUGGGUGGUGCGGAAAGAAGUGGCUGCCAUCACAAAACUUGGCCCGGAAGAUGUGAAAGAUUUCUUGGAGCACAUGUCUGUCCUCCGAAUAAAUAAAGGCUGGGAAUUCAUGCUCCCCUAUGAUGAGGAUUUCGUCAAGAAGCAUCCCGACGUGGUCCAGAGGCAGCAGAUGCUCUGGAUGGGCAUUCAGGCCAAGUUAGAGAAAGUAUUCAACUUGCCAAGAGAUCACAUGGUACCAAAGAAACAAGCAACGCAUACUGCUGCCCCCUUAAUGGUUUCUGGGGAGCAAAGGGUCAACUUGGCGAAGGCAAAAGUCAAACAGAGCUACAGCCAGUUGGAGCAAGACUUGCAGAAGCGGAAGGCAGAGACCCAGGCCAACGAGGCCGUGUUCCCAGCGGGUGUUCCCGGUAUCCGGAUCAAGGAGGAGCCAGUGAGCGACGAGGAGGCCAUGGACACAUCCAUCUGUGACGGCCUCAACAAUGGGCUGUCCAACGGCAUCCAUUCGGAGGAGAACUCAGUGGACUCCUUGAAUGGCCACUUGGGGGGCCAGGAAAGAAUCAUAGAAGAACUUAGGGCCUUUGUGAUGGCAACAUUUAAGAAACAGUUUGUUCUUACCCUACGGGAGCUCAAACGGUUAUUUAAUCUGCAUGUGGCCAGCCUGCCUCCUGGGAAUCUCUUGUUCAGCGGCAUUUCAGACAAAAUGUUGCAGGACGUGGUGUUGGACGUGGGCUGCAAACAAAUAACGGUGCCUUUUCCCCCCCAGACUCCCGCGUUACCAGAUGAACAGAAGGUCUUUGCACUUUGGGAAGCGGGUGAUAUGCAUGAUCAGCAUCGGCAGAUCUUGCUUGAAGUUUUCUCCAAAAACUACCGCGUACGUAGGAACAUCAUCCAGAGUCGGCUGGCCCGGGAAUUUGGCGAGGAUAUAGAUAAGCAGGAAGUGGAUAAAGUGUUGAAGGACUGCUGUGUAAGCCAGGGAGGAAUGUGGUAUCUUAAAGGAACAGUGCAACAACAACCAUCGUGACAGUAGGUCAGUUCGACCACUGAAGAAGAAAUAGACUGAAAAGCGAGUUGAAGCCCAUCCCCUUCGAGUCUUGAGGGAAGAGCCUAAUGUACACAUGGCCUCGUGGAUGUUAGGAUGAAAUUCUGGAAAGCACCACGUGUCUCCCUUAGGCAUGGCAUGAAGAACAGGAAGAACUCAAUUGGGCUUUCAUGCACCACUAGAUUGAUUUGGGACACUGAAUAUAUUUUGCUUCUCCCUUUCGUUUGAUAACAAAAACAUUCUACCCCAAAUGAGACAGAAGAUCGUGGUCUAAUGUUUAUUUUGUAACUAAUGCCAAUAAAUUGCAAGUUUACAUUU